AUGUCGUUGAAGGGGGCCAGGAAGGCCCUGUACAGGGGCCCGCAUCAAUUGAUAGGCAAAAAGAGCGCGGACGACCAGCUGAUCAGUAACUGGGAGCACGAUCUACAGAGCGCAAUUGCCGGGCUUGAGUUCCUGAUAGUCCAGGAGCGGAAAUGGUGUAGAUGUUUAAGCAGCAUUCUGGACAAUCUGCUGGGCAGCAUGGACACAUUUGAGAGGUUGCACUCGCCGUUUGACAGAAAGGACAAAAAGGCCGACCAGGAGCUGGUUUCAGACCACAACGAGGAGUUCUCGAACGUGACGGUGAACGAGAUCCGGCAGGCGAAGCGGCUGUUCCGGAUCAUCUACGACCAGGUGACGCAGCGCGUGGAGGUCAGCAAGGACCGGUUUGUGGACCAAUGCGAGGAAAUGAAGGAGUAUAUCCGGUCCUCGUUGAAGCUCAUCACGAAACGCAACCACAAGAAGAUCGACUACGACAUGUACCACAACUCUGUGGAGAAGAUCUUGAGAACGAGCAAUUUCAACGAAAAGGAAAAGGCCAAGCUGGAGACGACGAAGGGCCACAUGUACGACACGCGCACGGUGUUUCUUGACCUGGACGCCAAAGUGAAGCUGAUGAUCCCGCAGGUUUUGGAGACGCUGUCUGAGUUCCUGCACAAGCUGACCAUGAAGUUCUACUACCAGUCGCGAGACAUUUUCCGUUUUAUGACGCGCAACAUGGACAAGUUUGUGCAGCUACAGGGCGUGGUUGUCCACGGCCAGGAAACAGAAUACACUAAUAUUUUGAACAACUGGAAAGAGCGGAUAGAGCAAGCACAACACAAACUGAACUCGCUGGAUUUGCUGAACGACUACAAGUCGUAUCAGGAGAAAACGUUUCUGGAUAAAACAGAGCAGCAGGUGAACCAGUUCACGGGUCACGUGGUUGGCUCGGCCAUGGGGUUCACCAGCUCGCUGUACACGAAAACUCUGAACCCUCGCCAGAAACUGAACUUGCGCACGUUCAACAUCGAGAACCCCGUGCGGCCGGCGUCGCGCGACGGCAUGUUUGCCACCGCGACAGACCCGCUCUCGUACAUCAUCAACGAGACGAUCGUCGCUGAGGAAGACGCCGACGAGGAGGACACACAGAGCUGGCUGAAACCGCUGUCGUUGGAAAAACGGCCGGACGAGACCCCAGCGGCGUCUCCAAGCACGCUGGAAAGCGCCCCGGUGACGCCGGUGACGCCGUCGACGGCGUUCUCGUCGCCGUUGAUCGAACAGGGCUCCGAAACCGCCAAAUAUCUGUCGGUGUCUGUUGAGGCAAUCAAGAGUCGCCUGAGAGACACUGCGACGCACCCCGAGGUCGCCGCGGCGCCGGUGACGGCGCUCGAAGACCGUCAACUGGCAGAAAGUACGCUACUUGAAGUUGCAAAGGCAAAAUCCUCAUUUGCUGCAGCUUUUAUGAAAGAGCGUGGUAUCAUUCGUGCAGUCUAG